AUGGCUGAUCAGGACAACAGUCACUAUGACUUGCUUGACGAUGUCGACGACGAGCGAUCCAUCAUCUCGUCUGCACGUCUGCACGUCAACGGUCCAAUCGAUCCCCCUGAUCCCUCGCCGUGCCCGAGGAGCGCAGCCGCCGGCAGCGUCGCCAUGGUCGUGUGA